ACCAAAUUCUCUGAUUUCUUGAUUUCAAUUGCUUUACAACAAAAUACCCAGAUUGUCUUUUUUGUAUCUCUCUCUCUCUCUCUCUCUCUCUCUCUCUUUGCUUUCUUGAUUUUUAUAUGCUUUAAGGUAUGGUUUUCUUCAAUGGUUUGGGAUUGAAUUGAGAGAAAUAAGAAAUCUUUUAAAAUGGAUGGCAAUAUAAUUGGCAAAUUCAAGAGGGUCUGUGUCUUCUGUGGAAGCACAUCUGGCAAUAGAAAAAUCUUCAGUGAUGCUGCUGUUGAAUUGGGGAAUGAACUGGUCAAAAGGAAGAUAGAUUUGGUGUAUGGUGGAGGAAGUGUUGGGUUGAUGGGUUUGAUUUCUCAGGGAGUGUUUGAUGGAGGUUGCCAUGUUCUUGGGGUCAUUCCGAAAGCUCUUGUGCCUCUUGAGAUAAGUGGUGAAACUGUUGGAGAUGUUAGAAUUGUUUCAGACAUGCAUGAGCGUAAAGCUGAAAUGGCUAGAGAGGCUGAUGCUUUUAUUGCUCUUCCCGGUGGAUAUGGAACCAUGGAAGAGCUACUGGAGAUGAUAACGUGGUCACAACUUGGAAUUCAUAAAAAAACGGUUGGUCUGCUAAAUGUUGAUGGUUACUAUAAUUCUUUGCUUGCGUUAUUUGAUAAUGGUGUUGAAGAAGGUUUUAUCAAGCCAGGUGCUCGACACAUUGUCGUUUCUGCUCCAAAUGCCAAAGAGCUUCUAGAAAAGAUGGAGCAAUACACUCCUUCCCAUGAUCAAGUUGCUCCUCGUGAAAGCUGGCAGAUGGAGCAACUAGCUAAUUACCCAACAGAACAAAAUCCACAUUAAAUAAAUAUCUCAUAGGUGGUAGGUCUAUAUUUCAAAUUGAUUCCUGAUUAGAUUCAUCAUGAUUUGAGUUGUCCUUUGAGAAUUUUGUUCAAAUGGGCACACACGUUGUGAGUUACUAUGUACUCUUGAAAUUCUUUUGUGAUUGGAAUUCUAGUAGAAUUUGCCUUGCUGUUUUACAACAAACAUUGGUUUAGUGGAAUGGUCAAUCAACACAAUAUUACCUAGUCUUAUGUUGUGGUUACCAUUUGUAAAAGCUGAAUGAUAAUUUGAUAUGUAACUAGAUGGUGGACAGUUUGAGAUUGAAUAUUCUACUGCAAUUUAAUUACGACUUUUAAUUGA